AGGUUCUGAAUACCAAAAUACACCUUCCUGGUUUCAGUUUCUCAAUAAAGAGCUUGUUCGUGUGGCUUCCUUUUCAGACCAUGAAGCAUUUGACCAUCCUGUGAUAUGUCUUGUAGCUGUUUCAUCAAAGGAUGAACAACCUAUUAGCAGAUUUGUUGACCUUUUUAAUACCAACAAGCUUCCUUCCCUUCUUAAUGAUGGUGCAAUGGAUCCAAAAGUUUCAAAGCAUUACUUGUUAGUGCAUGAUAAUCAAGAUGGCCCUGCAGACAGAGCAAGUAAAAGAUUGACAGAUAUGAGGAGUACAUUUGGGGCAAGUGACUGUUCGUUGCUUUGCAUUAAUUCUUCCCUGGAUGCUCCAAUCAAAAAUCAAGAUAAUCCUUGGGCUUCAUAUAUAACUGAUGCCUCACCUACUCCUAGUCAAGAUCUUGGUUGCUUUCUCAACAUUGAUGAUAUCAACGAGAUAAAAGAUCUAAUGCAAGAUUUAGCAUCCAAGUACAUCAUUCCAAAUAUGGAGCAAAAAGGGUUUUCCCCUUUUUGA